AUGGAAUAUUUAAGUUCAGUUGAAAAAUACGACCCCCGUACCAACGAGUGGACCGCAGUGGCUGACAUGAACGAGGAACGAUGGGGUGUAGCGCUGGCCGUUGUCAACGGAAGGCUAUACGCGGUUGGUGGAGAUAAUGGUUCUACCGACCUGGACACCGUUGAAGUUUUUGAUCCCGAGGCAAAUCAGUGGAUAAUUCAUAGCCGCAUGAAUGAGCGAAGACGUAUGGUGGUGUGGGUGUUCUUCGGAUGCCGUAGCAGUUCCAACAGCGGCAGUGGGAGGCAGUGCAGUGCUGCGAUGCAGGAGAUGAAC